CCCCGAUAGGCUGCCCAACAUUCGGGGAGGUCCUCUAUAACCGAACCCAUUCAUCCCCUGCACAUAUCUGACUGCGUCUUCCUUGCAUUGUCUCUUCACACGCACACGCACCCGCACACACAGGAAUCCACAGAAGCCUCAAGCUGAACGGCGGCUGCGUUGACAGCGCCACCCUGCAAGGUGCUCUCAGGUGGUUCGGAACUCAGCUGCAAGUGUGCGAUACGGAUUAGACGCCCACCACACACAUCUCCGCAUCUCGAGACUUGGAGGAUCCUGUGAAGUUCGAGCCUUGCCCUUCUCAGCAAGAUCCCAUGUCUCAAUGGUCAGCAAACGCACGAAGCCUCUGCUCUCUCACUCCUACGAUGCGGCGCCGAACAACCUCGCGGCCUAUCGAUGUUGGUCCCGGCACUCGCGAUUCCUUCACCCGGCAACCCGCACGAUAAGGCCUCAGGAAUCCCCUCCCGUCAGCAGCUGGGGUGUUGCCGGCAACCCUCGUAGCCGCAUCAUCCUCCUCCCCGAAAUGGAUGCGGCUAUCCCACUUCGUCCCUCCUUGCUGCCUGCCUUACCUACGUAGAUAAUCUACAGGAUCCGUACCGGCUCCGCAUGGUUACCGUCUACGGCACUUACCACGAUCCAGCUCCGACUCCAAGUCUCCAUCCUUCAGCGUGAGAAGGUCCAUGAUUCGCCACUCACCGUCCUGGAUCCCAGGCCUCGGGCGCCCCUCAGCCCGGCCUCUCAUCGUGGUUGGAUGGUUUACGACAUUGUCCAGCCGGGGGCCCUUUUUUGAAUCGGACCUUGCUUGACCGCAACAAGCUAGCAGGCAAGCAGAGUAGCCAUUUCGUCAAUUCUGCCGUUGCCCUCAUGGUCCAGUCUUGUUUUCGAGUUGUUUGGAUAGGUGCAGCCACACCAUAUGCCGUUCCACUGGCCAAGACUGAAUAACCUGCCCCGGCCGUAAACCAGCCAACAAUGACCCCCGUUGCAGACACCUCCGACCUCUCGACCCCAAUUUGACAUGACGGGGAUCCAUAUCCAUUGGAGUCUUUCGAGUCCACCGGCUUGUUUCACGUGAGCUGUCUCUUUUUUAUCAUCAAGUCUAUGCUUCUUAACAAGAAUACGUGCUGCGCUAGCUUGCAGAUCGAGGUGAGGGAGAUGGUGUGGUCGUCGUGUUAGUCGUGUUGGGACAGUCGAACUCUACCUGGACUGACCCUGCAACUGGCGAGGCAGGCGGUGUCUCUCGGGGCCUGUCUUUGCUUCCUUCCUUUGGUUCGUUUGUUUCAAUUUCAUUCUCGACUGUAUUUGUCUUGGGAUUCAUUGGCCAUUCUUCAUGACGGCCCAGCGCACUGCACCUGCUGGAGACCACAUGCACCGCCUAUUCCCUUCUCUCUCGAGCCGUAACUCCACCAAAGGAAUAGAGCAGAUGCGCUUGUUCGGAAAGAGACGCCUUGCAGCCACUUGGCGGCGCCUUCUUCUUCGAGGACCUCGACCCCAUCUGCGACAUGACCUGAUAUAAACCAUUCCGUUCCUCCUUUCCGUUGCCCAUUCAGCUCUCCACAACUCAACGGCUUCACAAUGACACGCCAGACCCCCCAACUCUCUCGACAUGUCGACGCCCAACCCAGCGGAUCUGGCCACGCUGACCAAUACAGCGCCGCCUACACAAUACGCGAAGCGCCGUUUGGAACACCUCGGCCCAUCCGUAUCAUCGGGGUUGGCGCCGGAGCCAGCGGCAUCAACCUGACCCGCACCCUCAGAAACACGCUUGGUGCUUCAACCUUCGAACUUGUCAUCUACGAGAAAAACGAGGACGUCGGAGGUACCUGGUUUGAGAACCGCUACCCGGGAUGCAAGUGCGACGUGCCCAGCCACAACUACCAAUUCACAUGGAGGCCGAACCCGGCCUGGUCGAGCUUCUUCGCUCCCGCAGCCGAGAUCCAAGAGUACUUGUGUCAGAUUUGUGAUGACGAGAACCUGCGGCCUUACAUCAAGACCUCGCACCGGGUCGUGGGAGCGGUUUGGUCUGAGCACCGGGCCGUGUGGGAUUUGCAGAUCAAGGACUUGAAGACCGGUGGGGUCUUUGAGGACUACGCCAACUUUUUCAUUGACUCAACCGGUAUCCUGAACAAAUGGAGGUUCCCAGACCUUGAGGGCUUGUCUGACUUCAAGGGGGCUGUUGUCCACAGUGCAAACUGGCCCAAGGACUUCGACUACGCGAACAAGACGGUGGCCGUUAUUGGAAAUGGAGCGUCUGGUGUUCAGAUUGUUCCAGCUAUUAGGCCCCACGUGAAGAAACUUCACCACAUCAUCCGUACACCAACCCUGAUCAUCCCGCCUCGGAUUACCACAAUGAAAAUGGGCCCUUCCGCUUCUCUGCUAGAACAGAUUGAGAUGGACGAGGAAGAACGAUUCUCGGCGGCGACCAUUGCGAAGUUCCAGAACGACCGGGCUUUUUACAAGACGUUCGCGCAGACACUCGAGAUGGAUUCAAACAUCAAAUUUGCCGUUUCCCUCAUCGCCGACAGUCCUCAACAGGCAUGGGCAUUGGGAAAGACAAGAGAGUUCAUGACGGCCAUGCUGGGGGGCAACGAGAGGCUCUGCAAGCAGCUAAUACCCGACUUUCCCCUAGGGUGCAAGCGACUCACUCCUGCACCCGGAUAUCUCGAGUCGUUCCGUGACCCCAGGGUUUCUCUUCACACUGAUUGCAUCAAGAGGGUUGUAUCUCGGGGCAUAGAGCUGUCCAACGGUGAAAUUCUCGAGGUUGAUGCCAUCAUCUGUGCUACUGGCUUCGAUUCUUCGUUUCGCCCUGCUUUCCCGCUUGUUGGCCGACACGGCAACUUGCAGGACAUAUGGUCUGAGCAAACACCCAAAGCAUACAUGUCCCUCGCCGUCGCAGGCCUGCCCAACUACUUUAAGUUCCUAGGUCCCAACGCUCCUAUCGUACAGGGCGAUGUUUUCACACUCAGCGAGCACAUCGCCAGCUAUAUUGCCACCGCAAUUCGCAAGUGCCAAACGCAGGGGAUUCGAACCAUCGCCCCUUCGGAAGCCGCCGUUGAGAACUACUUUGAGCAUAUCACAGCUUUCAUGCCGCGUACGGUCUUUGCGGGCGGAUGUAGGUCCUGGUACAAGCAGGGCGAGGUCAACGGCCCCGUGACGGGUCUGUACCCUGGGAGCCGAACGCAUUUCAUCCAGCUUUUGGAGCACUUCAGGGGCGAGGACUGGGAGUACACGUAUGAGAAUGCAAGGCAGAACCGCUUCGCCUAUCUGGGCAAUGGCUUCACUGCGCCGGAGAUGGCGAUGCUCAAGGCCGGAGCCCCCGCUUCAUGAGGUAUGCUGGCAGGAGACAUUGCUUAACAGGACCUUGUACAUCGACAGGGAUUAGAAGGCCGGACUUAUUCUGGGUGGUCUGCUGGCAUUGAUUUGGGAUGGGUCUUCUGCAUUUUGGCACGCCGAAUAUGAAGUCAGCUUUUUAACGAGACUGAAUCAGGUACUAAUGGUGACAUGUGACGAGAUAUUUGACCGAGUGAAGUCGAACUGGGGGAGGAAGGGGGGCGU